GCACGGGUCAAGGCGCGCAGCCGGCGAGUUUCAUCGCGUUUCGAGAGGCCGAAUGGUCGGACUGUUAUUGAACUGGCGAUUGUCCCGGACGUUCCUUCAUUUUCAUCUGUUGCUUUAAUAUUGUUUACCUGUUUUACACAUUGCACAACCCUAGGGAUCAUCUGCCAGUUCACGCCGCAAUGGUUCGACUCUCUACCAGCUGGCUGCUGUGGGCAGCCUACAUGAUGAGAACUUCAGCAGCAGUCGAAAACUCCCAAAAACCACUAUCCGCAGGAAGCGAUAUAGCAAACGACGAAUGUUUGCCUUCUCAAUACAAAAUCCAUAUCUUUAGCAAGUCUCCGGUGAUGAUUUACAUUGAAAACUUCAUCUCCGAUGCCGAGCGACAACAUUUACAAGACCUCGCGCGAGGACAUUUUAAACAUUCUGGAGUGACUGAUUCGGACGGGAAAUCGGCCCUCAAUGCCGUGCGAACAUCGCAGUCCACUACCGUCCAACGCGACCAGCUCGUUCGCUGCAUCGAGCGACGAGCGCUUUCCUUCCAGGGCCUAGACAUUCCUGAAUCUCACUUGGAACCGAUACAACUUGUCAAAUACGCGCCGACCGAGCGAUUCCAUUUUCAUACCGAUUGGUUCACAGACCCCGCGCGAGCGACGGCGGCGGAGGGGGGAAACCGCGAAUCCUCAUUCUUCGCCUACGUCCAUGUCGACAACGUCAAGGGCGGAGGGACCAAUUUUCCGCUCUUGGAUAUACCUGGUGAUAGCAUUUGGUGUGAUGGGUUUUUAGACUGUGAUGAAGAGUAUGAAUCAGGUGUGACAUUCCGUCCCAUCGCUGGUAAUGCUAUCUUCUGGAGCAACAUGUUAGAGGAUGGAACAGGUGAUCAGCGCACAUUACACGCCGGAUUGCCUUUAAUAUCGGGUCAAAAGAUUGGAAUGAAUAUAUGGACUCGCCAAGCACCACUAUCUCCCGAAAUUAGAGGAGAAUAGGGAUGAAAUAUACGACGAUAAAUCACUUAGACGAGAUACAGGGUAAGCGCAGACUCUACAGUAUCACCCAUGGGCUG